CUCCAAUGCCGGACCUCGGCCAUCAACAAUGGGGGAGAGGGCCUUCUCUCUCUUACCCCCCGCCUUCCUUGGGAGUCUCCUAAGUCACUGGAGCACCCAUUGAAUCAGUUCUGGUAACCUAUGUCUGAGUGGAACCGACUCAAUUGACCCAGAAUGGCUUCGGCUUCUUCCUCCGUCUUGCGACGGGCGCUCCUAUACGUCCCGGCCUCUUCCCAGAAGAUGCUGACCAAGUCCCUGACGCUCACAUCGGACAACAUCACCUACGACCUCGAAGACUCCGUGACGCCGGACCAGAAGCCCGCCGCCCGCGCCGCCCUCCGCGACCACCUCUGGAACCUCUCCCGCCCGCCCUCGAUCGGCGAGCUCGCCGUCCGCAUCAACGCCGUCUCGACCCCGCACGCCCUCGAAGACCUCUCCGCGCUGUUCCGCUCCCCCACCUCCUCCUCCCUCGGCGCCGUCGUCGUCCCCAAAGUCAACAGCGCCAGCGACCUGACCUUCGUGACCGACGUCCUGCGCCACGUCGCCCCAGCGAGGCACCCUUCCUCCUCCUCCUCCUCCUCCUCCUCUUCUUCUUCGCCGCCCGAGCAGCAGCCAGUCAAGCUGAUCGCGCUCAUCGAGUCCGCCCGCGCAGUCAUGGACCUGCGCUCCAUCUGCGCGGCCACGCCGUACCUGAGCGGGCUCAUCUUCGCGGCCGAGGACUUCGCCCUGGACCUCUCCCUGACGCGCACCCCGGGGCUGGCCGAGUUCCUGUACGCCCGGGCGGCCAUCGCCACAGCCGCCCGCGCCCACGACCUGCCGUCCACCAUCGACCUGGUGUGCACGUCGUACAGGGGCGCCGAGGGGGUGGCGCGGCUCGAGGAGGAGUGCCGGAACGGGAGGGAGAUGGGCUUCAACGGGAAGCAGUGCAUACACCCCGGCCAGGUCGAGGUGGUCCAGCGCAUGUUUGCGCCCGCAGAAGAGGAGGUUGAGUGGUCCGUACGGGUGGUGAUUGCCGACGCGAAAGCCAGCGCUGCGGGGAGGGGAGCCUGGACGCUGGAGGGGAAGAUGAUUGACGCGCCUGUUGUGGGCAAGGCUCACGCAGUUGUCGCCAAGGCCGAGAAAUGUGGCAUUGAUGUAGACAGCCUGAGGACGAAAUGGGCGGGCCAGGAUCCCGAGUAAGAAAGCAUUGUUCGACGCAUCCGCCUUCCUGCUGCUACAUCCGAAUACCUUGGAACUCUAGGACCC